CAUUUGCUCAUGGGCACCUUAUGCACUUUUGGCGAAUGUAAUUAAUUAGUUUCUGGUUUCAAUGAAUAUACCAAACACGUAAUGUAGAUUAGAUGUUCGACAAAAUGUCUGACCGAAGUUGUUGAAGUAGUUGUGUAUGUUAGUCAACUUUUUGCUCUUCUUGUUUCUCAUGUGUAAUGUAAGAUUAGGUGUUAAAAAAAUGUCUGAGAUGAUGAGCUAAUUGGAUGUUGGUUUAUCUGUUAAAAAAAGUUGAUAUUCUUCUUAACAAUGCUUAUCAAUCAUAGUGUAUGUAAAAAUUCCUACCCUGAACUGACGAUCGCCAACCAAAGGAUAUAUUAUAAUAUUUGGAAAGGUCGAGUUCAUUUUUAAUGCUACUUCUUGUAAGUGUUCAGAUGGUGUUUAGAUCAAUUUAAUAAUUAUGUAGACAAAUUAUUGUCUGGUUUGUGAAUGAAACCUGAAUAUGUUCUAAAACUUGGAAUGAAAGUAACUGUGUUCCAUAAAUGGACUAAGUAACACAACCGAGAAAUCAACUUUGGAGAUAUUGAAGCUCCUUCUCUUGACUUUUCAGCGUCAAACCUCUCACAUAAAGCUGAAUUGAAUACUAACACCGAUCGAGAGGCUAAUCUCAGGUAUCAAUAUGAGUACAGGUGGAGCAUUUGGAGGAAACAGAGGACUGAGACCUAUCCCACCAGAAAAGGGCAUCUUCCCUUCGGAUCACUUACACGAAUGUGAUACGGAGAAGAAAGAAUAUAUUGGCUGUCUCAAGUCUUCAGCUAACAAAGCUGAGCAAUGUAGACAUCUCUCGAAAAAAUAUCUCCAGUGUCGAGUGGCCAAAAACUUGAUGGCGAAGCAGGAUAUGUCUGAACUUGGACUCAGUGGGGUUAAAGAACUGGAUUCCACUGAAUAUAUAAGAAUAAAGAGUAGUAUCCAACAGUGAAGGGGGACAAAACUUUUUUGUGUGCAAAGAAGAAAGAGGAAUGUAUGUAUAUCGUUCUCCGCCCAUGUGUGCUGGUAGACUUUUUGGGCUAACAAUACUCGUUUUUGGACUUGAUAAGCAAACGACCUCUACAAAUCUGUAAACGUUUUAACAUAGUUACCUUACAAAAAAUACAUAUCUAUUUUUUCGUUAUAAGGGUUUUAUGUAAAACAAAAUAAUUUGUUGCUAAAACCAAAUUCUACUUUUACAUUUCAAUUAUGACUAGUUUCCUAAAAGCAAAACCCACUUGAAUAAUUUCUUCAAAUUACACAAGCGUCUUCAAUUUAGAAAAUAUUGUAUUUAGUAAAUAGUCGAUUCCAAUCUUCUUCUAUUUACAAAUGGAAAAAGUGCUAUUUUAAUCCCGAAUCCAAUAACGUUUGGAAGUAAGGUGAAUUCUGACGUUAUAAUAAGGAUGAGAGAUUUCUUAAGAAUACAUUGUGAAGGAGGAAUGAAAAAAGUAUUUGGAAUGCAACAUUGAAACUUAAAUGUUGGAAAAGUGUACCACUGAAACUUAAGCAUUUUCUUUGGAUAAUGAAUUUAAAGGUUGUUAGCAACAUGAAGCAAUUUAAAGAGACAUGUAACAAAGGAUGCAAAAUGCCAAGAUAUUUCUAGAGGGAUCGAACAGAAAAGCAUACCUUCUUUGAUUGCAUAUAUGUGCAAAAUGAUUUGGAAGGCCUUUGAAAUCAACAAAACUAUUUAAUGUUUUAUUUAUUAUUAGGAUAAUUACAUGUAUUGUUUUAGGAUUUUAUGGCUAUUUUAUAUAUAACUGUUUAGACUUAAGUUUGUAUUCAAAUUAUGAUUUGAUUAAUAAAUGAGUUUUUUUAAAGAAUUUUUUAUAAACCACUGAGAAGAGUAUUUUCAAAUCCUAAAAAGCUUUUAAUUUGAUUAAGAACUGUAAAGAAUAUUCACAAAUUCUAGUUUCCGGAUAUUUUUAGAAUCAACGGAUCUAAUUCUAUCCCUAGAAGCUUCCGCUACAUUAGUUGGUACCAGAGCUAGGUUCCUUUGAUUUUUCAAUCGAAGACGAUUCUGGAUAUCAUGAUGAGUAUUAGCAUCUAUCAUAUCCUAGAUGCAAGUUUUUUUGUUGAGAGAGAAUAGAACCAUGAGAGAUCUAUAGAGAUCCAAUCAAUGAUUUGGCUUGAUUGCUCUGGAAUCUGGAUGGUAUAUAUGUAACCUUUAACUUGAUUAGCUAUAACAUAAUAAAACAAUUAUAUUCAUUCGCCGAAGUCCGUUCUUAAUACAAAAAAAAAAAUCUCAAGUCUUAAAUCAAUAUCAUGCUCUUAUCAGUUAGGUCGAUUUCAAAUUUAACAAAUAAUAUAGAGACUAUGUAUGCUCACAAUCAGAUGAAAUGAAAGUAUGUAAAAAAAAUUAUAAAAGAAAAAGAAAUUUGUAAAUAAGUUUGUUCAUUUAUCUCGUUGCUUUUAGAGAAAAUAACACAAACGUUGUGUUGGUAUUUUAACAAAUAUAUCAUACUUCCGUUGCGUAACCGUGUAAAAGUAAAAAAUAAAAACGCUAUAUACAUCUGUGAAGCCUGCUUGGCUGCUUCAGCAUAUUAAAUAUUUAUUUGUUAUCACAUAAAGUCAUAAACGGCAUCUUGAAAGCCAAAGUCAAGUUGAUAUCUUCUUCUUUGAUUUAGAUCUCAAAACUUUUCAAAAUCGUCGGCUUUGAUCAAAUAGAUAACUAAAUGAAAGUAUGUAUUUAAAUACAUAUUGCAGAGACCCAUUUUCCACGUGGAGUUAAUAAGUGUUAUAUAGAUGGAGCAUGGAAGGAACAUGAUCUUUAUACAGGGCAGAGAUGGGUCUACAGAAAAGAUGGAUCAAAUGAUACUAUGAUGGGUGCAAUGUCUAUUCGCAGGAGUCUAUCACCUUUACAUGCUGAAUGUGAAGCGUUGAUAUGGGCGAUGGAGUGCAUGAAGACCCUACAAAUCUCAGAGGUGGUGUUUGCAACAGACUAUUCUCAAUUGGUGAAGAUGGUGUCUACACCGACAGAAUGGCCGGCGUUCACUACACACAUGGAGGAGUUUCUGCGAUGUAAGGAAUUCUUUCUCAACUUUACUAUCCAGCAUAUACCAAGGGCGCAAAAUACUCUGGCGGACAAGCUGGCACGAGGUGCUAGAACUUCGCCAUCUGCUAUGGUUUAUGUUGACUCAGUUCCUCCGAGGUGGCUCUCGGAUCAGAAAUCUUCUUAGUUUCUUAGCCUUUUGUCGUAAAAAAAAAAAAUAUAAUAUUAUUCUUUAAUUAUUUAGAAUUUUAGUCAAAUGCUAUUACAUUUAGUUAGAAAGUUUAUUCUAUUAUUUUUUUUUUAUAGUUAUUACAUCAACUUAAUAAAAUAUACUCUCUCCGUUCCUAAAAAAUCUAUAUUCUAGUAAAAAGAAAUUGUUUCAAAAAGAUACAUAUUUUAUAUUUCCAAUAUAAUUUUUAUCAACUAGUAAUGAACAUUAAUUGUAUUUUUAAAAAUUUUAUUAGUUUAAAAAUAUAAAAAAUAUAAAAUUAUAUAAAACUAUGCAUCUGUAAAUAAGUUUUAAUAUGUUUUAUUAAAAAGUGUGAAGAUUCUAACAUAGAUCUUUUAAGACAGAGGGAAUAGUAUAUAAGAAGAUCAUUUCAAUUAUUUUUGAAAAAUAUUUUUUAUUGCCAUUUAUCGUUUCCUCUAUUCAGAUUAUUUCUUUACUUAUUUAUAUUGUGUCACCAAAUAUUAUAUUUUUGAACAAGAAGAGGUAACAAAAUCAAAAAAAGUAUCUUGAUCUUUUAUGUACUCCUUCCAUUUUUUAAAAAGCGUCUUUUUAAUAUUUUCACAUAGAAUAAAGAAUGAUUGAAAUAAAUUUGUGUUUUUUUAAUUAAUUAUACUUAUUUAAAAAAUAGUGUUUGAAAUAAGGGGUUAUUUGUGAAAUAACCAAAACAAAAAUCAAAAUUAGUUUUUUUAGAGAGAGGCUAGAGAGAGAUAGGAAUAGAAAAGAAGAAAGAGAAGAUGAUUUUGGUUAGUUUGUUAAUUUUGGUUUUUGUUGAGUUAUUGGGUGCAAUUUCUCUUGAAAUAAUAGAAUUAUUAAAAAAAAAAAGAAUUAUUAAAAAAAAUCAAUGCAAAAUCAAUUCAAUUUGCAAUUAAUAUUAAACUAAAACGAAUAUAAUUUACGUUAAAAUUCUAAAAUGAUAUUUUUUGUAAUAAAAAUAUUAAAAUGACAUUUAGAAGAAAAAAAA